AGUGCCAAAGUGUGACGAGCGAGGGCAAGAGAGAAAUACAGUGGUUUUAAAGAGUUUGAAUUUGAAUUUCAGAGGGAAACACAAGAUAGGCUAGAGACAGAGAGACACACAGAGAGAGAGAAGAGAGAGAGACAGAGAGAGACACACGCACACAGGCUAAGGGGUGUGUCAUAGCAAUUUAGUUCCUCAAGGAAGUACAACUCAACAUUAUCUUAAGACAGUGUGGCACUGACAGAAGCGCUGCAGGAGGGCUCUCUUUUUGGACUUUGGUUCUGCUCAUGGUGAAGAUGAAGGGAUCUCUUUAAAUCAACGGGCCUGUGCUGUCAACCUGAGUUACAGAGCAGAAGGAGAAAGAGAUAUCUGACACAGACAAGGAGGGAGGGGGACCCAACACACACACACACACAGCCAACCAUGGACGCCUUCAGUUCAAAGGACAUGGCCUUGAAGGCGCAGAAAAAGAUCCUCAGCAGCAUGGCCUCCAAAAGCUCUGUGCAAAUGUUCAUUGAUGACACCACCAGUGAGAUCCUGGAUGAACUGUACCGCAUCUCCAAAGAGUAUUCUGGAAACAAAAGUGAAGCUCAGAAAGUCAUCAAAGACCUGAUCAAGAUUGCAGUGAAGAUCGGUGUGCUGUUCAGAAACAACCGUUUCAGCACGGAAGAGCUGGGUGUGGCCCAAGAAUUUAAGAAAAAGCUGCACCACGGGGCCAUGACAGCUAUCAGUUUCUAUGAGGUGGACUUUACCUUUGACAAGACAGUGAUGUCAGAACUCCUGACGGACUGCAGGGACCUGCUGCUGAAGCUGGUCAACACCCACCUCACCCCUAAAUCCCACGGUCGCAUCAACCAUGUCUUCAACCAUUACUCCGACCCAGAGCUCCUGACCAAACUGUACGACCCCAGCGGCCCCUUCCGACCCAACCUCACCAAGAUCUGCAAAGGACUCAACAAACUGCUGGACGACGGCACAAUAUGACAGAGGAACAACAAAAUGUCAGUCAGGCACUGGGAGAUCUACAGGCAGACUCGCCUAAGACUCUGGACUGUUGGACAAAAUUUGUCUUACUGCUACUGAGGACUGGCAAAGUAAGACAAGUGAUUUGAGAACAAAACUGCUGCCCCAUCAUUCUCAAAGAACAUGUGGGAUAAAAAUAAAGUUGGUUGAGUCAUUCCUCAAGUUUGUUUUAAUGUGCAGAGGUGAUAUAUACAGUGUAAUUGAGAUAUAUUGUUGUCUUUUCAAAGACAAAGUACACAAGACCAAGCUUGAAUCUAAGCCUGUUUUAUUAAAUAAUGAGAUGUCAUUCAAUGUUUAAUAUUUGAAACCUUGAAAUGUGUCACUAAUGACUACUGAUGUUAUGUGCUAUGGAGAGGAGGAGUGAAAACAGCUGGAUAUAUUGCAUAAACCGCCACCGGAGCUAUGCCACUGUAAUACAACUCUGCCAUCUGGUGGUCACAAUGGUGCAUCAGCAACUCAAUGUACUGCAUUCACUGAAACAUCCAGAAAACAAUGCUACCAAUUAUAAUUACUCCCAGCAGUACUUUGCAGUUUCAAAAACAUGUUUCGAAGCAUCACAGCUCUAAAAUGGUGUUGACUGUGCAAGCAUGAAUGUUAAUCCUAUAAUUUGUGUUUUUCUGGGAAAUGGAUUACAGUCAUUGGCUGAGAUUAAGGCAGGUGUUGUUCUUUGGUUUUCCAUGAUAAAGGCACUGAAUACCAACAGACAAGGGAAAGUCAAGUCCUUACUGGACAUUUCACAUCUUAUAAUGAUCAACUAUUGUAGUAUAGUGCUUGAUAGAAAAGUGACUCCUUUGUGUUAGCAACGACAUGGAGAAAAGUCAGUUACAAUAAGAUGUUUUUUAAGAUCAAGUGCUAAUAAGAGUCUACAGACUCUGGACUUACCUUUCUAAGGGCCAAGAGAGCUAACCUUUGUGAGACAAGACCAGUGCAGACAAAGUAUAUUUAGACCUGAACCUAACCAUGAGAUCAAUACCUUUUUUAUUUUAAAAAGAACUAUACAAAACUGCCAUGAACCAAAACAUUCCCAUAACAAACAAUAAAAAUACUGCUGUCAAAAUA